GCCGCAGCAGCACAGCACGUUUUUCCCGAGGGUGCUUCUCUACAGAGCCUGUGGUGGUUCUGUUUGGUCCAGUCAGAUCCGGUGUGGUCUGCCUCAUUUUGGAUUACUCCAGUGUGCUUCUCCUCCGCGUGGUUCCAGUCGAGUCAGCCUCUGUGGGCUUUGCUCAGAGUGAUCCUCCGCAGUGUGGUUCUUCUCCGCGUGGUUUUGCUCAGCGCGUCCGUCCUCAGCACGGUUCUCCACGGUGAGGUCGUAUCCGUCAUCAGCCCCCGCGUGGUUAUCCUCGACUCGGUUGGAUGUGCCUCAGCUCGGAUUCCUAGAGCGCAGUUCGCCUCAGUCCUGACCAGCCCUCCUCGGUGUGCUUUGCUCUGGGUGGUCCUCCUCAGUGUUUCUCCUGUGCACAGACCUCCGCGGCGAGGUCUCAUCCGUUUCAGCAUGGUGGUCCUCCGUACGGUCCGAUCUGCCUCAGCUCGGGUCGCUUAAGCGCGGAUGGCUCUGGACAUUCCCUGCAAAAACCUCUGGAGAACUGUGACAGGCAUAUUGGAGUCCAGACACCCAGAGUUCGAGAAGCCACCAUGCAAACUGCCCAGAGCUCCUGCCCUGGAAGCCCCCCAGAUACUGAUGAUGGGUGGGAGCCAGUCCUAUGCCGGGGAGAGAUUGACUUCGGAGGGUCCAGGAAGAAGCGAGGCAAGUUUGUGAAGGUGCCCAGCAGCGUGGCCCCCUCUAUGCUUUUUGAACUCCUGCUCACCGAGUGGCACCUGCCAGCCCCCAACCUGGUGGUGUCCCUGGUGGGUGAGGAGCGGCCUUUUGCUAUGAAGUCUUGGCUUCGGGACGUCCUGCGCAAGGGGCUGGUAAAAGCAGCUCAGAGCACAGGUGCCUGGAUCCUGACGAGCGCCCUCCGUGUAGGCCUGGCCCGCCACGUUGGGCAGGCUGUACGUGAUCACUCUCUGGCUAGCACAUCCACCAAGGUCCGUGUAGUGGCCAUUGGAAUGACCUCUCUGGACCGUAUCCUUCACCGUCAGCUUCUAGAUGGUGUCCAGGAGGAUACCCCCAUCCACUACCCUGCAGAUGAGGGCAGCAUCCAGGGACCACUCUGCCCGCUGGACAGCAAUCUCUCCCACUUCAUCCUGGUGGAGCCGAGCACCCACGGGAGUGGGGACGGACUGGCGGAGCUACGGCUGAGCCUGGAGAAGCACAUCUCUCAGCAGAGGACAGGCUAUGGGGGCACCAGCAACAUCCAGAUACCUGUCCUUUGCCUGCUGGUCAACGGUGACCCCAGAACCCUGGAGAGGAUCUCCAGGGCAGUGGAGCAGGCUGCCCCGUGGCUGAUCCUGGCAGGUUCUGGGGGCAUCGCUGAUGUGCUUGCUGCCCUGGUGAGCCAGCCUCAUCUCCUGGUGCCCCAGGUGGCUGAGAAGCAGUUCAGAGAGAAAUUCCCCGGCGAGUGUUUCUCUUGGGAAGCCAUUGUGCACUGGACGGAGCUGCUACAGAACAUUGCUGCACAUCCCCACCUACUCACUGUGUACAACUUCGAGCAGGAGGGUUCCGAGGACCUGGACACUGUCAUCCUCAAGGCACUUGUGAAAGCCUGCAAGAGCCACAGCCAAGAGGCCCAAGACUACCUAGACGAGCUCAAGCUGGCUGUGGCCUGGGACCGUGUGGACAUUGCCAAGAGCGAGAUCUUCAGUGGAGACGUGGAAUGGAAGUCCUGCGAUCUGGAAGAGGUGAUGACUGAUGCCCUAGUGAGCAACAAGCCUGACUUCGUGCGCCUCUUUGUGGACAGCGGUGCUGACAUGGCCGAGUUCUUGACCUAUGGUCGGCUGCAGCAGCUUUACCACUCUGUGUCCCCCAAGAGCCUCCUCUUUGAACUGCUACAGCGUAAGCAUGAGGAGGGCCGGCUGACACUGGCUGGCUUGGGUGCCCAGCAGGCCCGGGAGCUGCCUGUUGGACUGCCCGCUUUCUCACUCCAUGAGGUCUCCCGUGUACUCAAGGAUUUCCUGCAUGAUGCCUGCCGUGGCUUCUACCAGGAUGGGCGCAGGUUGGAGGAGAGGCGGCCCACAGGCCAGAAGUGGCUACCAGACCUCAAUCGGAAGAGUGAGGACCCUUGGAGGGACCUAUUCCUCUGGGCUGUGCUGCAGAACCGUUAUGAGAUGGCCACAUACUUCUGGGCCAUGGGCCAGGAGGGUGUGGCUGCUGCUCUGGCUGCUUGCAAGAUCAUAAAGGAAAUGUCUCACCUGGAGAAAGAAGCAGAGGUGGCCCGGACCAUGCGUGAGGCCAAGUAUGAACAGCUGGCCCUGGAUCUUUUCUCUGAGUGCUACAGCAACAGUGAGGACCGUGCCUUUGCCCUGCUGGUGCGCAGGAACCACAGCUGGAGCAGGACCACUUGCUUGCACCUGGCCACUGAAGCUGAUGCCAAGGCCUUCUUUGCCCAUGAUGGUGUGCAAGCAUUCCUGACCAAGAUCUGGUGGGGAGACAUGGCCACAGGCACACCCAUCCUACGGCUGCUGGGUGCCUUCACCUGCCCAGCGCUCAUCUAUACCAACCUCAUCACCUUCAGUGAGGAUGUCCCGCAGAGGAUGGACCUGGAAGAUCUGCAGGAGCUGGACAGCUUGGAUGUGGAAAAGAGCUUUCUGUGCAACCAGGGCGGCCAAUUGGAGAAGCUGACAGAGACACCAAGGGCUCCAGGCGAUCUAGGCCCACAGGCCGCCUUCCUGCUCACACGGUGGAGGAAGUUCUGGGGAGCUCCUGUGACUGUGUUCCUGGGGAAUGUGGUCAUGUACUUUGCAUUCCUCUUCCUGUUCACCUAUGUCCUUCUGGUAGACUUCAAGCCACCUCCCCAGGGGCCAUCUGGGUCUGAGGUUACCCUCUAUUUCUGGGUGUUCACACUGGUCCUGGAGGAAAUCCGACAGGGCUUCUUUACAGAUGAGGACACACACUUGGUGAAGAAGUUCACUCUGUAUGUAGAGGACAACUGGAACAAGUGUGACAUGGUGGCCAUCUUCCUGUUCAUUGUUGGUGUCACCUGUAGGAUGCUGCCCUCGGUGUUUGAGGCUGGACGCACUGUUCUGGCCAUUGAUUUCAUGGUGUUCACACUUCGGCUCAUCCACAUCUUUGCCAUUCACAAGCAGCUGGGUCCUAAGAUCAUCAUUGUAGAGCGGAUGAUGAAGGAUGUCUUCUUCUUCCUCUUUUUCCUGAGCGUGUGGCUUGUGGCCUACGGUGUGACGACUCAGGCCCUGCUGCACCCCCACGACGGCCGUCUGGAGUGGAUUUUCCGCCGUGUGCUCUACCGGCCUUACCUGCAGAUCUUUGGGCAAAUCCCUCUGGAUGAGAUUGAUGAGGCCCGUGUGAACUGUUCCCUUCACCCUCUACUGCUGGAAAGCUCGGCUGCCUGCCCCAAUCUCUAUGCCAACUGGGUGGUCAUUCUCCUGCUGGUCACCUUCCUACUGGUCACUAAUGUGCUACUUAUGAACCUGCUGAUCGCCAUGUUCAGCUACACAUUCCAAGUGGUCCAGGGCAAUGCCGACAUGUUCUGGAAGUUUCAGCGCUACCACCUCAUCGUUGAAUACCAUGGGCGACCAGCUCUGGCCCCGCCCUUCAUCCUGCUCAGCCACCUGAGUCUGGUGCUCAAGAGGGUCUUCAGGAAAGAAGUCCAGCACAAGCGUCAGCACCUGGAAAGAGACUUGCCUGACCCCUUGGACCAGAAGAUCAUUACCUGGGAAACAGUUCAGAAGGAGAACUUCAUGAGUGCCAUGGAGAAACGGAGGAGGGACAGCGAGGGGGAGGUGCUGAGGAAAACAGCACACAGAGUGGACUUGAUUGCCAAAUACAUCACCGGGCUGAGAGAGCAAGAAAAGAGGAUCCAGUGUCUGGAAUCACAGGCCAACUACUGUAUGCUCCUCCUGUCCUCCAUGGCUGACACAGUGGCUCCAGGUGGCACCCACUCAAGCUCCCAGAACUGUGGUCGCAGGAGUCAGCCAGCCUCUACUAGGGACAGGGAGUACCCAGAGGCUGGCUUGCCACCCUCAGACACCUGACAUGGAGGGACCACCUGUCCUAGAGCCCCAGACCUUGCCAUCCCGGGCUUCUGCGACACAUCAACCUUCCCCUACUCCCAGCAACCCCCAGGAAUGGUCUUCUAGGCCUUGCCACAGACCACUUCUUGGACAUCCCUCCCAGUGAAAAUGAAACUCAUGUCUCCUGGCACCUAUCUGGGAGCCCCAGCGGCAUCCUCUCCAGUAGGGAAGUUCUUUCAGUCCUACCUAGAGCUCUCACUGGCUUGGACUGGACAGCAGGAACUAGCCAAGUCCUACACAGGACACCAUCUGCCCAGGCUGAACUACUUGGGUCUAGGCCUCCAUCCUACCCUGAGUUCCUAAGAAACACUAGUUCUUCUUAAACACUAGUGGUUUCUUUCUGCCCUCAAAGAUCCACUCUUUAUCAGCUGACCAGCUUCUAGAGGGCUGGUAACCAUCAGUUCCCCGCCCCCACUUCUGCCCCCAUAGCAUUAUCUGUGUAACCACUGACAGUAACCCCAAGAGACCAUUCAAAGGUACCCUACGCUACUAUAAACCCUGCAGGCCAUUUCGACUCCGCUGCACCGGCCCACAGGGAUGGCUGAACAUGCAUGGCAAACACCUGGGGAGCAUGGAGUUACCUGACCUAUCAAAUGACAUCUCGGUUGCUUCCAUUGCUCCUCAAAUUAUGACCAUCCAGGCUGAUCCCUCCAUUUUAGGGGACACUCAAGCCCUGGAAUAGGGACUACAGAGGCUAGGACAGACCUGGUACUUAGCAGGCCAGGCUAGCUAGCUUGGUCCAAGACCUUGGCUUCCACAUGAAGUACUCACUCAUGUGUCUUCCCCGCAUCCUUUUCUCCCUCCUGGGCUUAGCUUCGGCUAAAUGACCUAGCAUCAAUCUAUAGUAUCAGUGGGGUCCUACACAGAGGUCACAAGUCCUGAAGAUGGACACCCAGGACACCAGUUCUACCUUUAGUUUGGGUGGACACCUGCCCAAUCUCCCUUGCUGGGUCAACCUAGUCUCUUCCUAAAACUGUGGUCUGCACAGGCCUAGUGCUGGUUUCUGGGGUGCAGAUUAUGUUCAUCCAUUACCACCAGGAACACAAGGCUGGACAUGGCUAUGAGCCCAGUGCUUCUGGGUAGGCUCACCAGUGGCGAAUGUAAAUGACCAUGGCAAACCUUCACAGCAGUUCCCACUGGAGUGGGGAGGGCAAGGUGAGGCUGGGGUAGAUGGAGUCCUACAGUUAGUUGCCAAGGACUGUUUGGAUGGACCUUGGGUGGGGCCCAGAAAAAUCCACAAAAUACAAA